AUGUCUCCAGAGCAGGUUUCUGUGAUCACCGCAACUGUUCCUGUUCUAGAGCGAUAUGGACAGAACAUCACCGAGACAUUUUACAGGAACAUGCUUGCCGCUCACCCAGAGCUGAAGAGCGUGUUCAAUAUGACCAAUCAGCAAACCGGACACCAGGCAAAAGUUCUUGCAGGAGCCCUCUAUGCUUACGCAAAAAGUAUUCGUAACCUGGAAGCACUCGGGCCUAUGCUGGAGUUGAUUUGCCAUAAGCAUGCGUCUCUACACAUUACCCCAGACCAGUACGACAUCGUCGGCAAAUAUUUGAUCGAGGCGAUGCAAGAAGUUUUGGGGGACAAUUUCACGUCAAGUGUGCAAUAUGCCUGGACAGCUGCUUAUAGUCAACUCGCCAAGAUCAUGAUUCAGAAAGAAGCCUCGCUCAAUGACCAGCAUGAGGAAUGGAAAGACUGGAGGGACUUUUGCAUUGUGACUAUCUCACGCGAGUCGGAUGAGAUAUCCUCGUUUUAUCUUUCCCCUGUUGACGGCAAACCCCUUCCCACCUUCGUACCUGGUCAAUACGUCUCCGUGAGUGUUUAUGUCCCGCAGCUCGGCUACACGCAAGCACGGCAAUACUCAAUGAGCGAUGUCCCGUCAACCGAAUAUUAUCGGAUUAGUGUGAAGCAAGAACGGGGCCAGCAAUUCCCACCUGGGGUGCUAUCAAAUGUCCUCCACGACAUCAAAGCACCUGGUCAAAUUGUAAAAGUUUCCCAUCCUCGAGGAAACUUUUUCUUGAGCAGCGUCAGUGAGACCUCGCCAAUUGUUCUUGUUGCUGGUGGUGUUGGUAUAACCCCAUUGCUGUCGAUGUUGAAGUUCCUCACUUCAACUACGUCCACGAUAAAGCGUCCCAUUCACCUCAUCUACGCAACGAGAACCACGACUGCACGGGCCUUCUUCAAAGAGAUUGCCGACACCAGUCGCUCCAAUGCAACGGUCAGAGUGACGUUCUUUGUUGGAUCUCCUGAGGCGGGUGACAAGGCCGGUUGCGACUAUCAUCAUGAAGGUCGCCUCGACCUGAAUCGCCUUGAUGCGCAGCAAGACCUUUUCUUGAAUCACACGCAAACGGAGUACUAUAUAUGUGGCCCAUCCCCAUUCUUGGAAAUGGUCAAGAGGUUUUUACUCGUCCAAAGAGUAGAGUCAUCAAAUAUCAAAAUGGAGGUCUUCGGUGCUGGUGGCUUUGCUGAAACCACGUCCCAAGCACAUUUGUGA